CUCAUAUCCUUCACAAAGGAUACGGAGAUUUCGAUCGUGCUGUCGCCAAUAAGACUAUGGACAGAUCCCGUCGGUCAUUGAGGGACCGUGCGAACAUUGUAUGUGUUGAAUGUCACUCACGCAAAGUGAAAUACGAUUUACAGGCAAGCCAAGACAAGACAUGUCGGAAUUGUCGACGUGCUCAAAUUUCCUGCGUUCUCCGCAAUGGAGUCCGGAAGAGGCGCCCGCGGGGCACUGAUCUGGGCGGGACCGACAUCAGAACGCCAUCUGUUCCGUUGCCAAUCGCGGAACAAAUGAUCAGCCCGAGAGAGAGUCCAAGAGAAGAGGCAGUCUCCAGCGAGAUAUUGUAUGGAGACCUAGCAGCUUAAUUGACAAAGGCUCCAUCAUGUACGACCCAGUAAAAACACCGCCGGCUAUUGUGCUAGACAACGUUGCCACUGGAAA